UUAGUGGUUACGUAGUUAGUUACAGUUUAUUUAUCUUGCCUCGGGCACAGCAUAAACAAAACGCCUAGUUUGAAGUUGCAAUUUGUGAUCAACAUUACAAGAAGAGUAGGCAUAGUGAUCUAAAAAUCAAGAAGGUGUUACUCAGCUACGAAACUAAUCUUAAAAUUUUAAUUUUUAUCGUAAAUAAGUGGUUGCAACAGGUUGUUACAUGUUCGACAACAUCAUGCUGCGAGUUAUUGUUUUUCAACUAUGCUUUCAUUAUCUUUUACUAUUAUGUAGCUGUAGAAAGUCAGGAUUGUACAUAGACAAUGGAGUUGAUCAGACUAUUGUCCAACGAUUUAUGACUAAACAAGAAAAAAGAGAAGUGGAGCAUGAAAUCCUUAACCUCUUAGGUUUAGAAAAUAGACCAAGGCCAGUUGCAAAUUCAAAAACUUUAGGAAGUUCUGCACCAAAAUUUCUUCUUGAUGUCUACAAGUCUGUACUAGAAAACUCAGGCAGUUCGCUUAGCAGAACAACUAGGAGUGAAUUCUUUCUUAGUGGGAGAGAUUUACAUGCAAUUGACGAGAGUGAUGUGAUUAUGACAUUUACAAGCAACAAUAAACAUGUCAGCAGUGUCAGGCAUGAGCGAGGUAAACGACUGUGGUUCGAUGUUUCUGAGAUUCCUAUUGGAGAAACUGUGGUUGAUGCCGAGUUAAGGCUGUAUCAAAACUCAAACUACUCUAUGGACCCCGGAGAGAACUUCACAAUCACUAUCUAUCAACUUCUUAUGGAGGAUGGAGAGAAGGAGCUGGAGUUUAUCGAUGCUGUGAAUACAAGUCGCAACCAUGAUGGGUGGCUCAUAUUCAACAUGACCGGGCCCUUGACCUCCUGGGUGGCCUUCCCCCGGACCAAUCGGGGCCUCUACCUGUCUGUUCAGCCACAAGGUGCCGUUCACGAAAUGAGACCUGAAGACAUCGGUGUGGUUUCUGCUAGUUUGGAAGGAGAGGAAGAAAAACAACCGUUCAUGGUAGCGUUCAUGAAAGCAACUAGUCAAAAACGUGCUCGCAGAACCAGAGAGAUUCGUCGAAGAAAGAAAGCAGAAAACUCUGAAUCUCCUUAUUCACGCAACCCCUUGGAUCCAUCACCUUUCUGGUCUACUAGAAGUUGCCAGAUUCAAACUCUUUAUGUCAGCUUUCGGGACUUAGGAUGGCAGGACUGGAUAAUUGCUCCGGAUGGUUACGGUGCAUUUUACUGCAGUGGGGAAUGUAACUUCCCACUAAACGCCCACAUGAACGCUACUAACCACGCGAUCGUCCAGACGUUAGUACACCUCAUGUAUCCCUACGAUGUACCCAAGCCGUACUGUGCACCCACCAAGCUGACUCCAAUAUCCGUCUUAUACUUCCUUGAUGAUUCAAAUGUCAUAUUGAAAAAGUACAAGAACAUGGUGGUGAAGAGCUGCGGUUGUCAUUGAGCUGGUUCCUAAGUCUUCAGGUAUUAUGUAGAAUCAAAAAGUAUUUUUGACUGUGUUUUAGAACAUAGAUAUUGUUGCAUUUAUGUCCACUGUAGGUAUAUUUAGUAUUUUUAUACUGUUAUCUUGUAGUAUUUGAACUGUUUUCAAGGCCGCCUGCAGUGAAGAGAGUGGGGGGUUAGAGAGGACAAAAUUUAGAAAUUUAUUAACUUCUGUACAGUUAUAGACAGCACAUUGCAUCCAAAAUAAAUCCUUGUAGGCUAUGACUUGUGAUCAUUAAAGUAAUAAACCAAUGAAAAAAGAGUUAACAACUAAACAGGAACACCAAUAUAAAAUAUCAGGUGUUGUAAGAAAUAUUGCCAGUGCCUGUUACAGGCUACAUAGAAACACAGCAUAAAAAACAAAAAGAAGAACUUUUGGAAAAAAACAUUAUUGUGUUUGAUUAGCCUAGGAAAAGUGACCAGUAUUAAGUUUUCAUGUCAAUAAUAUUUUUAAAUAGAGCUCAAAUAGUUUUGCUCCUACAUCAUGUAUCAUUAAAAAUAUGUUUUCGUCAUACUGUCCCGGAAAGCAGCCGUUUUUAGUUCUUUAAAUUGUCCGCAAAUUUGUCGUUUUCAGGCAACUUUAAAUAGGGAACAGAAAAAACGUAUGGCAAAUUUUUGGUUCGCUAACCUCAAAAUUUUGUCAAUGCAUUAUCAAAACGCUGCUAACCAAACGAUAUUUAAAGCUAUGUGUGUAAACAACAGAAAUGUAAAUAUUAAUAAUGACUUCGUAUAACUUGAAAUUAUGUGGUAUAAUUUUGUAACGAUUAGAAGGUUAUUUCCACAGUAUGAUGAAAAUAGUUAUUCAUCACAAGGAGGGAAAGUGUCUUUUUGGUAGCUUACUUAAUCAUAUUUCCAUUGCGCACCAAAAAGAGCCACUUCAUCUCCUAAUGAUGAAAACUACUAUUCUUUUCAUUUUUACUCUAGUAUCAAUUCUGUUUGUUAUUCGAUUCGUUAACAACUGUAGUGUUAAAUAAGUAUAUUUUUUAAUGUAUAAUUGAGUGUUUAAGCUUACUAGGUGGCGUUCGCAGAGGCAUCCACAAAAUUGAGCGGAGUCAUCAAGGUUUCAUAUUAUAUUGUUUUUGUCUUACUGCAGUAAAAACAGUAUUUUUUCAUGAAUGCGCUGCGGGUCUAAAGUAGCAUUUUUAAUAUUUAGGGAGUAAAAAUCGUUUUUAGCCUCUAUGGAGUAAAAAUCAGCUGUUGUCAACUCAGUUGUAAAUUUCGAUUGUAAACGAUUGCAUGUAUCGAAAAUAUGUAUCGAUUUGUGCUUCGUAAUCAUUUUUAACAUAUUACAGUCUACAGUCUCUUCCCGUAGCAUUUUAGCAUUGCAGAUACAUUAAUCCAUUCUCAAACUCAACACUGCUCACAUUUACUACUUCCUUCACCACACCCUACGUCGUGGACCUGUUUCCCUCUCUUCCCAUAGCAUUUUAGGAUUGCAGAUACAUUAAUGUAAUUGCCAAAGACAGUUCCCACACUCUGCGCUGUUAACCUUACUACUUCCUUCACCAUUUACUACGUCAUUGGCCUGUUUCCUUCCUUUCUCAUAGCAUUUAAGUAUUACAAAUUCACUUAUCCAUCUGCUCAAACGGUUCCCCCACUCUGCACUGCCAGCCUUUACUACUUCCUUCACCACUUACGUCGUGGACCUGUAUUCAUCGCUUUCCAUAGCAUUUUAGUAUUUUAGAUACGUUAAUCUAAUUGCAACAAACAUCCCCACUGUCCGUACUGCUAGACUUUACUACUUCUUUCACAAUUUCCUAUGUCUUGGGCAUGCUUCCAUCCCUUCUCAUAGCAUUUCAGCAUUGCAGUUACAUUAAUCGAACUGCUACAAACGGUUUCCAGUUCCCACACUCCACACUGCUCACCUUACUACUUCUUUCACCUGUUCCUACGUCGCGGAUCUGUUUCCCUCUCUUCCCAUAGCAUUUUAAGAUUGCAGAUACCUGAAUCUAAUCGUCAUAAACAGAUCCCACACUCCGAACAGCUCGCCUUUACUACUUCCUUCGCCACUUCCCACAUCGCGGACCAUUUUUCCUCCCUUCCCAUAGCAUUUUAGGAUUGCAGAUACCCUUAUCUUAUCAUCAUAAACAGUUCCCACACUCCGGACAGCUCGCUUUGACUACUUCCUUCACCACUUCCUACGUCACGGGCCUGUUUCCCUCCCUUUCCCAUAGCAUUUUUGAUUGCCCAUACCCUUAUCUAAUCGUCAUAAUAGUUCCAACACUCCGGACAGCUCGCCUUGACUACUUCCUUCACCACUUCCUACGUCGCGGACCUGUUUCCCUCCCUUCCCAUUGCACUUACAGAUUGCAGAUACCUUAAUCUAAUCGUCAUAAACAGUUCCCGCACUCCGGACUACUCGCCUUGACUACUUCCUUCACCACUUUCUACGUCGCGGACCUGUUUUCCUCCCUUCCCAUAGCAUUUUAGGAUUGCAGAUACCCUAAUCUAAUCGUCAUAAACAGUUUCCACACUCCAGACUGUUCACCUUUACUACUUCCUUGACCUCUUCAUACGUCACGAACCUCAAGCUAGUGUCGUCAUUUGAUUAUAGUACCUGGGGACCGAGCUUUGCUCGGGGAAAAUCAUUAGUUCACUCUGAAAGCACCGUAGUAUUGGAGAUACAUAAAUCCACACAUCUACAUCCUACACAAUUUCCUACGUCAUGGACCUGUUUCCCUCCAUUCCAUUGCAUUUAAAGAUUGCAGAUACCUUAAUCUAAUCGUCAUAAACAGUUCCCACACUCCGGACUACUCGCCUUGACUACUUCCUUCACCACUUCCUACGUCGCGGACCUGUUUCCAUCCCUUUCCCAUAGCAUUUUUGAUUGCCCAUACCCUUAUCUAAUCGUCAUAAUAGUUCCAACACUCCGGACAGCUCGCCUUGACUACUUCCUUCACCACUUCCUACGUCGCGGACCUGUUUCCCUCCCUUCCCAUUGCACUUAAAGAUUGCAGAUACCUUAAUCUAAUCAUCAUAAACAGUUCCCGCACUCCGGACUACUCGCCUUGACUACUUCCUUCACCACUUCCUACGUCGCGGACCUGUUUUCCUCCCUUCCCAUAGCAUUUUAGGAUUGCAGAUACCCUAAUCUAAUCGUCAUAAACAGUUUCCACACUCCAGACUGUUCACCUUUACUACUUCCUUGACCUCUUCAUACGUCACGAACCUCAAGCUAGUGUCGUCAUUUGAUUAUAGUACCUGGGGACCGAGCUUUGCUCGGGGAAAAUCAUUAGUUCACUCUGAAAGCACCGUAGUAUUGGAGAUACAUAAAUCCACACAUCUACAUCCUACACAAUUUCCUACGUCAUGGACCUUUUUCCCUCCAUUCCAUUGCAUUUAAAGAUUGCAGAUACCUUACUCUAAUCGUCAUAAACAGUUCCCACACUCUGGACAGCUCGCUUUGACUACUUCCUUCACCACUUCCUACGUCACGGGCCUGUUUCCCUCCCUUUCCCAUAGCAUUUUUGAUUGCCCAUACCCUUAUCUAAUCGUCAUAAUAGUUCCAACACUCCGGACAGCUCGCCUUGACUACUUCCUUCACCACUUCCUACGUCGCGGACCUGUUUCCCUCCCUUCCCAUAGCAUUUUAGGAUUGCAGAUACCCUAAUCUUAUCGUCAUAAACAGUCCCCACACUCCGGACUGCUCGCAUUUACUACUUCCUUCACCACUUCCUACGUCGCGGACCUGUUUUCCUCCCUUCCCAUAGCAUUUUAGGAUUGCAGAUACCCUAAUCUUAUCGUCAUAAACAGUCCCCACACUCCGGACUGCUCGCAUUUACUACUUCC